AUGGCUCAGACCAGCUCAUGCUUGAUCCUUCUCUCCUGCCUGACAUUCCUGUCUCUGAGCCAAGGCCAGGAGACUCAGACAGAGCUGCCUAAUUCCCGGAUCAGCUGCCCAGAAGGCACCAAUGCCUAUCGCUCUUACUGCUACUAUUUUAACCCAUACCCUGAGACCUGGGUUGAUGCAGAUCUCUACUGCCAGAACAUGCAUUCAGGCCACCUGGUGUCUAUUCUCACCGAGGCGGAGGGCGCCUUCGUUGCUUCCCUGAUUAAGGAAAGUGGCACUACUGACUGCAUUGUCUGGACUGGCCUCUAUGACCCUCAAAAGAACCGCCGCUGGCACUGGAGCAGUGGUUCCCUGGUCUCCUACAAAUCCUGGAUCACUGGAGCCCCAAGCAGUGUCAGUCCUGGCUAUUGUGGCAGCCUGACUUCAGGCUCAGGAUACAAGAAAUGGAAGGAUGAGGAUUGUGAAACAAAGUUCUCCUUUGUCUGCAAGUUUGAAAAAUAG